AUGAAGCAUGAGAUUGUUGGAAAAAAUUAUGGGAAGCUGAUAGGAUUUGGGUUUAGAAUAAAUUAUCGCAAUAAAAUCCAAAACGAUGUGGUAUAUAAUAACGCAGUUUUCGUUUGUCGUAAGGAGGGUAAAAGAGUUGCAGAUAAAAGGAGGGUGGGAGUCGUCCAUCGAUGGGAAGAAAGAACAUCAUGCAAGGCUAAGUUAAAUGUAGUCUUGGAGAGGUUGAUUGGAAAGUACAAGAUUAAAGAGUUCGUUGCACAACAUAAUCACGAACUUGAGCCUCCAGAAACGAGUCAUAUUGAGAUCCCAUAUGCAAAGGCAGGUCUGGCGGGUCUGCCGGGUUCGUCGCCUGAAGAUGGUCGGAGGUGCUCGUCCCUUCGUUGCCGCCGUCGUAAAUUGGCGGCUGCCGUGCGUAUCUCGGCGGUUUGGGUCCACGGAACGGAGGUCGCCGGCCGGGUUAGGGAUCGUCGGUCUCCUCCUUCGUCGUCGGACCUCUCUGCGGACAGGGCUUCGGGGAUGGCUGUGGCUCUCCGGAAACGUACGGAUGUCGCCGGAGAUAAAGAAAAACGGAAGGAAGAAAAAUUUUUCAUUUAUUUAUGGCCAGGGAGGCCGGUGUUCUGCCUUCCGGUUAGUGGUGUUAGCCGAGGUAGGGCAGUGGUGUUGCUGAGGGAAUUCUGGGUGUUCCGGUGGCUGGGAGGCGACUGUGCUGAUGGUGAUGGUCGAGGGCUCUGGUUGACGGUUGGCUUCGUGCUGCGGGUCGGAGGGGUGAUGCGGGUCUGGGGCUGA